AAGAACGAGUUAUUCCACCGUGCAAUCUCAAAGAUCGAGCCGGAUCAUGAUCAUUAAUAAUAAUCGAUUUGAUAAAGGCAUCGUCACCUAUACCGGCCUUUUUAAAUCGGUGUGUUGUAGUCAUCAAUUGUCAACUGGGGCUACUCGCAUACAAAGUAGAACACGAGCGGCACGUGUUGAUAAAUUGAAAACUCGACUUAUCACGAUCAACGUGAUAAACGUGGGCUAAUAGCAGCAAUUCGUUCGCACACAUGCAUGUGCAUAUACGUAUAUCUAUGCAUAGAUAUAGGGUAACGGUACCUAAUAUGGAACACAUACCAAUAUAAAAUAUUUUUAAAAAACUAGAACAUAUUUGUUUAUUUGCAUUUUGUAUUUCAAUAAAUAUUCUACUUUUUUAUAAUAAAAAUAAAUUUUUUUCUACACAAAUUUAUUCGGCGUUCCAUAUUGGGUAUGUCUUCAACAACUCGUCAUUUUUAACUUUGUUUUAUAUUUUUUGUUUGAUCUAUUAAUUUUGUUCAGUCAAACGUAAAUAAGCAAAUAAAUAAAUGCAUGUAUUUGGAUUUCCGAAAAAUUCGUGCCAUAUAAAUUUAUAAAUCUACACGAACUUUCUGGUCAAUUCAUUACAUGCUAUUAUGAAAUCCUAGCAAGUAGUAGGGCAAGAUUAUAUGGUCAGACAUAUUAUCGACCGUAACUAUUAUAUCGUAACCAAAGAUGCAAUUAAGAACGAUCAUAGAGAUCAGGAGGAAUCUCAAAUUUGGAAGAUAAACGUUUAUCACGGUUAAUUUUCCGGUAGGAAAAUAUGAAAUACUUAUGUGAACGAGUCUUAUACCUGAUAAUUAUAUAUCUAUAAGUGACUCUUAAUAGCACAUAAAUACUCUAUACUUUUAACAGAAGAGAUCAAACAAAUUAAAAAAAAAAUAAAAGAAAAAUAAAUUCUCACCUCUGUAAAUUCAACUUGCAUUAUGUAAAACUCCCACUUUUGUUAUUAGAAGUAUAUAUAAAUCGCCAUCAUCCAUAUUAGUUUUCGAUUUUGUUUCUGCAGUAGACCCGAAUCAAGUCCUUUUGUCUUCUUUUAAUUUUCAAAAUGAAACUAUUAUUUUUGAUUUUGUUAGCUACUAUCUUCAUUUCUUCAAUAGUUAAGGCUGAAGUGGAUUUGAGGAAAAUCACUGCACCUCAACGUAAAAAAUGUCUCGCUGAAAUAGGACUCACAGCUGAUAUCAUUGACGAGGCAGAAAUUGGAAACUUUUCUCACGACGAUAAACUUGGUUGCUAUUUUAAAUGCGUAUUAGAGAAAUUUAAUAUGUUCACCAAAGAUGGUAAAAUAAACUUCAAAAUGUUGUUAAUGUCCAUACCGGAAGUAUGGAAACCUUUGGCUCAAGACAUGGUUGAUUCGUGUCGUGAUAUCACUGGCGCUGACAGAUGCGAGUUGUCCUACAAUUUUAAUAAAUGUUUAUACUUCGCAAAUCCUGUGGCAUAUUUCAUUCCUUAAAUAUCUACGAGUGAGACAAAAAAAGAUUGCAAAUUUUCGUAAAUGCGAAUUAAAGACUUGCAUCGUAUCACGUAUGGAUCAUGUAUACAAUUAUAUAUAUAUAUGUAUGUAAAACAUUUUUAAAAAUCAUAGUAUUACUAAAUAUAGUUUAAAAAUAGUUUCA